CCCGCCCCGCCCCUCCCUCCCGCAGCCCCCUCCCGCCCGGCCAGCCCCGAAGAGUUGCCCGGUGGCCGCGGCAGACGGAAGCCGAGGGAGAGCCUCGGCGGCAGCAGGAUGGGGGACUCCAAAGUGAAAGUGGCCGUGCGGAUCCGGCCCAUGAACCGGAGAGAAAUUGAUUUGCAUACCAAAUGUGUGGUGGAUGUAGAUGCAAACAAGGUUAUACUUAGUCCUGUAAAUACUAAUCUUUCCAAAGGAGAUGCCCGAAGCCAGCCAAAGGUGUUUGCAUAUGAUCACUGUUUCUGGUCUAUGGAUGAAUCAGUCAGAGAAAAAUAUGCAGGUCAAGAUGAUGUUUUCAAGUGCCUUGGGGAGAAUAUCCUUCAGAAUGCUUUUGAUGGUUACAAUGCAUGUAUCUUUGCCUAUGGACAGACUGGAUCUGGAAAAUCUUAUACCAUGAUGGGCACAGCUGACCAACCUGGAUUAAUUCCAAGACUUUGUAGUGGACUCUUUGAACGAACUCAGAAAGAGGAAAAUGAAGAGCAGAGUUUUAAAGUAGAAGUGUCCUAUAUGGAAAUUUAUAAUGAAAAAGUUAGAGACCUUCUUGAUCCCAAAGGAAGUCGUCAAACAUUAAAAGUCAGAGAGCACAAUGUUUUGGGACCCUAUGUCGAUGGACUUUCCAAACUGGCUGUCACAAGCUACAAGGAUAUUGAGUCUUUGAUGUCUGAGGGUAACAAAUCUCGUACAGUUGCGGCUACCAACAUGAAUGAGGAGAGCAGUCGAUCCCAUGCAGUCUUCAAAAUCACCCUUACACAUACUUUAUAUGAUGUGAAGUCUGGGACAUCUGGAGAGAAAGUGGGCAAGCUGAGCUUGGUUGAUUUAGCUGGCAGUGAGCGAGCAACUAAAACCGGGGCUGCAGGGGACAGGUUGAAGGAGGGGAGCAACAUCAACAAGUCCCUCACAACCCUCGGUCUGGUUAUCUCAGCUCUAGCAGAUCAGAGUGCUGGCAAAAAUAAGAAUAAAUUUGUUCCGUAUCGUGACUCAGUUCUCACUUGGCUGCUCAAAGACAGUCUUGGGGGUAACAGCAAGACAGCCAUGGUGGCCACUGUCAGUCCAGCAGCUGAUAACUAUGAUGAAACCCUUUCAACUCUGCGGUAUGCAGAUCGAGCCAAGAACAUCGUGAACCAUGCUGUGGUGAAUGAGGAUCCUAAUGCACGAAUUAUCCGGGAUCUUCGGGAAGAAGUAGAAAAGCUCCGAGAGCAGCUAACCAAAGCAGAGGCAAUGAAAUCUCCAGAACUAAAAGACCGACUAGAAGAAUCAGAGAAGCUAAUCCAGGAAAUGACUGUGACCUGGGAGGAGAAACUGAGGAAAACCGAGGAGAUUGCACAGGAGCGACAGAAACAGCUUGAGAGUCUUGGAAUAUCUCUUCAGUCUUCUGGGAUUAAAGUUGGGGAUGAUAAAUGCUUCCUUGUUAAUCUGAAUGCUGAUCCUGCUCUGAAUGAACUUCUGGUUUAUUAUUUAAAGGAACACACAUUGAUAGGCUCAGCAAAUUCCCAAGAUAUCCAGCUAUGUGGCAUGGGGAUUCUUCCUGAACAUUGUAUUAUAGACAUCACAGCAGAAGGCCAGGUCAUGCUGACUCCUCAGAAGAAUACCAGAACAUUUGUAAAUGGCUCUUCUGUAUCUAGUCCUAUACAACUCCACCAUGGGGACAGGAUUCUCUGGGGAAACAACCACUUCUUCAGACUGAAUUUGCCUAAAAAGAAAAAGAAAGCAGAUAGAGAGGAUGAGGAACACGACACAUCCAUGAAGAAUGAUACCAGCUCUGAGCAGCUCGAUAUAGACGGAGACUCCUCCAGUGAGGUGUCCAGUGAAAUCAACUUCAAUUAUGAAUAUGCACAAAUGGAAGUUACCAUGAAGGCUCUGGGGAAUAAUGAUCCAAUGCAGUCCAUAUUGAAUAGCCUAGAACAACAGCAUGAAGAAGAAAAACGAUCUGCGUUGGAGCGCCAGAGGCUUAUGUAUGAACAUGAAUUGGAGCAGCUACGAAGAAGGCUGUCUCCUGAGAAACAGAACUGUCGUAGUGGGGACCGGUUUUCUUUCCACUCACCCAGUGCUCAGCAGCGAUUGAGACAGUGGGCUGAAGAGAGAGAAGCAACACUGAAUAACAGCCUGAUGAGGCUGAGGGAACAAAUUGUGAAAGCCAAUCUGUUGGUGAGAGAAGCUAGUUACAUUGCAGAGGAGCUGGAUAAAAGAACAGAGUAUAAAGUGACCCUGCAGAUUCCAGCCUCCAGCCUGGAUGCCAACAGGAAGCGAGGCUCUCUUCUUAGUGAACCUGCAAUCCAGGUGAGAAGAAAAGGAAAAGGAAAACAGAUUUGGUCUUUAGAAAAACUGGACAACAGGUUGCUGGAUAUGAGAGACCUUUAUCAGGAGUGGAAGGAGUGCGAAGAAGAUACCCCGGUCAUACGGUCUUAUUUCAAGCGUGCUGAUCCAUUCUAUGAUGAGCAGGAAAAUCACAGUCUCAUUGGGGUGGCAAAUGUUUUCCUCGAGUCCCUCUUCUAUGACGUGAAGUUACAAUAUGCUGUUCCAAUUGUCAACCAGAAAGGAGAGGUGGCAGGUCGGCUGCAUGUCGAGGUGAUGCGUAUCAGUGGUGACAUUGGGGAAAGAAUUGCUGGAGGUGAUGACACCUCAGACCUCUCCUGUGAUAAGGAAACCCAGGAGAAUAGACUUGUGUGCAUGGUUAAAAUACUCCAAGCCACUGGGUUGCCACAGCAUCUGUCCCACUUUGUGUUCUGUAAGUACAACUUUUGGGAUCAACAGGAGCCAGUAAUUGUUGCACCUGAAGUUGAUACCUCUUCCUCCUCUCCUGUCAGCAAGGAGCCUCAGUGCAUGGUUGUCUUUGAUCAUUGCAAUGAGUUUUCUGUUAACAUUACUGAAGACUUCAUUGAACAUCUUUCAGAAGGGGCAUUGGCAAUUGAAGUAUAUGGCCAUAAGAUGAAUGAUCCUCGGAAAAACCCAGCCCUGUGGGAUUUGGGGAUUAUCCAAGCAAAAACACGCAGUCUUCGAGACAGAUGGAGUGAAGUUACCAGAAAAGUGGAGUUCUGGGUCCAAAUCUUGGAACAGAAUGAGAAUGGCGAAUACUGCCCUGUAGAAGUAAUUUCUGCAAAGGAUGUGCCAACAGGAGGAAUCUUUCAACUCCGGCAGGGACAGUCCCGGCGAGUCCAAGUGGAAGUGAAGUCUGUGCAGGAAUCUGGGACUUUACCAUUGAUGGAAGAAUGUAUAUUGUCUGUUGGCAUUGGAUGUGUAAAAGUUAGAACACUGAGAUCCCCGAAGACUCAUGAGACCUUUCAUGAGGAAGAGGAGGACAUGGACAGCUACCAGGAUCGGGAUUUAGAGAGACUGCGUAGAAAAUGGCUAAAUGCAUUAACAAAACGUCAGGAAUACUUAGAUCAACAACUGCAGAAGCUUGUCAGUAAACAUGAUAAAACAGAGGAUGAUGCUGACCGUGAAGCCCAACUUCUAGAGAUGAGGCUGACUCUGACUGAGGAGCGAAAUGCAGUCAUGGUCCCCUCUGCUGGCAGUGGCAUUCCAGGGGCCCCAGCAGAAUGGACCCCAGUUCCUGGGAUGGAAACACACAUUCCUGUUAUAUUCCUUGACUUAAAUGCUGAUGAUUUCAGCUCUCAAGAUAAUCUUGAUGACCCAGAAGCUGGUGGAUGGGAUGCUACCCUAACCGGGGAAGAAGAGGAUGAGUUCUUUGAACUGCAGAUUGUAAAACAGCAUGAUGGAGAGGUGAGAGCAGAAGCCUCUUGGGACUCUGCCGUGCACAGCUGUCCUCAGCUCAGUAAAGGCACCCCAGCAGAUGAGCGCGUGUAUCUGAUUGUGCGGGUGACAGUCCAGCUCAGCCAUCCGGCCGACAUGCAGCUGGUAUUACGGAAAAGAAUUUGUGUCCAUGUUCAUGGCCGGCAGGGUUUUGCUCAGAGUCUCCUAAAAAAGAUGUCACAUCGAAGUUCUAUUCCUGGCUGUGGAGUGACUUUUGAAAUUGUCUCCAAUAUUCCAGAGGAUGCCCAGGGAGUAGAGGAACGAGAAACAUUAGCAAGAAUGGCAGCUAAUGUUGAAAACACAGCUUCUGCUGACUCAGAGGCUUAUAUUGAAAAAUACCUCAGAAGUGUGCUGGCUGUGGAGAACCUUCUCACUUUAGAUCGUCUCCGCCAGGAAGUUACAGUGAAGGAACAGUUGACAGGAAAGGGGAAGCUAAGUAGGAAGAGUAUUAGCUCUCCCAACGUGAACAGAUUGUCUGGCAGCCGACAAGAUCUUAUUCCAUUCUAUAGUCUAGGCAGCAAUAAGGGCCGAUGGGAGAGUCAACAGGAUGUAUCCCAAACUGCAGUCUCCAGAGGAAUAGCUCCAGUUGCCCCAUCCCUUCCUAACUGUCCCCCAAAUAACCAUCCUCCUGACCCAGGACUUAGUAGCCUAGCGGCCUCCUACUUGAAUCCAGUAAAAUCCUUUGUGCCACAGAUGCCAAAGCUCUUGAAGUCUCUCUUCCCUGUCCGCGAUGAGAAAAGGGGCAAACAGCCUUCUCCCCUUGCACAUCAGCCCGUGCCCCGAAUCAUGGUGCAGUGUGCCUUGGCGGACACUGGGACCACCGGAGCUCUGGAGGCUCCCAGUGUGGCCCCCGCGGUGACCGUGCCCCUGGCCCCCGUGAAGCUCCACGACAGACCGACUAAAGCACCCACACCGCAGGCUCCGGAGGUGCAAGAGGGGCCGCCCAGUCCCCUGAGCGAGGCCUCCAGCGGCUACUUUUCCCACAGCGUGUCCUCCGCCACGCUGUCCGAUGCGUUCACCCUUGGCCUGGACGGCGCAGCCGCCGCGAGUGGGCAGACCCCCGGCUCGCCCCCACUCACCCUCUUCCAGGCCACCCCUGAGACGGAGCUCCCGCUUCCACCCGUGGCUCCCGCGGCUGACAGUGACCUUCCUGCCCGCCCGCUCAGCCGGAGCUGCCUUCUGUCGCCGGUCCCGGCAAAGCAGGAUGCGUGGAGUGACAGCAAUGGCUCCUGCGACACAAAGGAGCCGGUGUUCUCGGAGAAGGAAGAGGCGGGCGCACCCCCGACGCCUCUCCCCACUUGCACCCCCCAGAAGGAAUCAUGCAGCCGGCAGAGCGGGGGCGAGGUUUCCCCGGCCACCGAGCGGCUGGGAAGGCCCGAGGACCGCGAGAAGCCGGCCUCCGGCUCAGAGCUGGACAUCUCCAAACCACAGGAGCCUCCCGACCUCCUGUCUCUGUCCCCUGCUCCCGCGUCCCCGUUCAGAAUCCAGAAGGUGCGGACCUCCGAGCUGAAGUCCUUCACACGCAUGCUGGGCGGAGACCCCAGCUGCUCCUCGGCCGCGGAGGAGGACCUGCUGGCCUCGGGGGCGCUGGGCGACGGUGGGGCACGGGCACCAGCCCUGGGAAAGCUGGAAGUUUCCUCCGAUUCCGAAGAAGCCAGUGAAGUCCCAGAAUGGCUCAAAGAGGGAGAAUAUGUCACUGUGGGCACCAACAAAAUGGGCAUCGUGAGAUACAUUGGCCCCACCGACUUUCAGGAGGGGACGUGGGUCGGAGUGGAGCUGGACUUACCUUCAGGUAAGAAUGACGGCUCCAUCGGCGGGAAGCAGUACUUCAAGUGCAACCCGGGCUACGGGCUGCUGGUGAGGCCGGGCCGGGUGCGCAGAGCAGCAGGCACGGGCCGGCGGCGCAGCGCGGGGCUCCGGCUGCAGGGUGCCCCCGAACCCCGCAGGAGCAGCACUCUCACUGGCUCCGCCACCAACCUGGCCUCUCUGACGGCGGCUCUGGCCAAGGCAGAGGGCGCUAUGGUGCUGAGGGCCGACAGGAGCCAGAAGAACCCCGAGAACCGAAAAUCCUGGGCCAGCUAAACCAGUGCUGGGUGCCACCCACCACCCCCAACCCUGGGUUGCCUCUUCCUGGGCUGCCAGUCUGCUUCCUUCUGCUUCCCAGGCAGAGGCUGACGGGGCGGGGGGUGCCUUUUCGGAGCCUUGCCAGUGACAGCCCUGGGGUGGAGUUGGGACCUGAGUGGGCAGGGACACCUCAAACCCCCUUCCGUGGGGAGCAUGGCGAGGUGUCCUUUCUGCACCACGCAGGGCUGCUGACCUCUCCCUGCUCCUCCUGGGACUCUGGAAGCUUCAGAUCUUCCUCUGCCCAGAGUAUGGGGAGGCAUCUCAGCAACAUAGAGGGGUUGAUGGUUCUAGGAGCCCAGAGCAGUCCUGGAUUGUGAGUGUCAGUGGGGCCCAUGCCUGGGGUUUUCCCCUAGGGCUGUUGUUCUUUUUUUCUGUUCCGAUGACCCCAUUAACAUCUUAACCAUCCCAGUGCCUUUCUCUCCCUGCAGAGGUGGGGCCUCCUCCCUGUGCCUCCAGAACCAGCACCCAGCAGACCCAUGCUGGUUCUGGCUUGCUCCCUAGGCUCACUGUAUCCCUCUGACCCCCGGAGUCUCUACACCAAGUAACAAGCUCCCAUAAGUGCCUCUCGCUGGCCUCCUGGGGCUCCUGGCACAGGGUCCUGGGUGCCCUAGCAAGGGGCUCUGGGCCUGGCCCCUCCCAUCUUCCUCUCUUCUUUCCACAGGGUUUCUUAGGGCUUUCUUUGUGGGUGUGUUAGCGUCUUAAUACCUGCAAAGUGUUUUCUCUUUACCAUUUAUUCCCUUAACAGAGUGCUUGGAAUAUA